AUGGCGGACGAGGCGGCGCUCGCCCUUCAGCCCGGCGGCGGCUCCCCUUCCGCAGCGGCGGCCGAGAGGGAGGCCUCCCCGCCGCACCCCGGGGAGCCGCUCCGCAAGCGGCCGCGGAGGGACGGCGCGGGCCUCGGGCGGAGCCCGGGCGAGCCCGAUGGGGCGGCCCCGGAGCGAGAGGCGCUGGCGGCGGCCGGGGGCGGCCCGGCGGCGGCGGCCGGCGGCGAAUGGGAGGCCCAGGCGGCGGGCGGAGGAGGAGACAAUGGGCCCGGCCUGCAGGGCCCCUCCUGGGACCCGCCGCCGCCGGACGACGACUUCGAUGACGACGACGAGGACGAGGAGGAGGAAGAGGCGGCGGGGGCGGCGGCGGCGGCAGGGAUUGGGUACCGAGAUAACCUUCUGUUUGGUGAUGAAAUAAUUACCAAUGGUUUUCAUUCCUGUGAAAGUGAUGAGGAUGAUAGAGCCUCACAUGCAAGCUCUAGUGACUGGACUCCAAGGCCACGGAUAGGUCCAUAUGCUUUUGUUCAGCAACAUCUCAUGAUUGGCACAGAUCCUCGAACAAUUCUAAAAGAUUUACUACCAGAAACAAUUCCUCCACCUGAAUGGGAUGAUAUGACACUGUGGCAGAUUGUUAUUAAUAUCCUUUCAGAACCACCAAAAAGGAAAAAAAGAAAAGAUAUAAACACAAUAGAAGAUGCUGUGAAAUUACUGCAGGAAUGCAAAAAAAUAAUAGUUCUAACUGGAGCUGGGGUUUCUGUUUCUUGUGGAAUACCUGACUUCAGGUCAAGAGAUGGUAUUUAUGCUCGUCUUGCAGUAGACUUCCCAGACCUUCCAGAUCCUCAAGCAAUGUUUGAUAUUGAGUAUUUCAGAAAAGACCCAAGACCAUUCUUCAAGUUCGCAAAGGAAAUAUAUCCUGGACAAUUCCAGCCAUCUCUAUGUCACAAAUUCAUAGCAUUGUCGGAUAAGGAAGGAAAACUACUUCGCAACUAUACUCAGAACAUAGAUACACUGGAACAGGUUGCAGGAAUCCAAAGGAUAAUUCAAUGUCAUGGUUCAUUUGCAACAGCAUCUUGCCUGAUUUGUAAAUACAAAGUUGACUGUGAAGCUGUACGAGGAGAUAUUUUUAAUCAGGUGGUUCCUCGAUGUCCUAGGUGCCCAGCUGAUGAACCACUUGCUAUUAUGAAACCAGAGAUUGUCUUUUUUGGUGAAAAUUUACCAGAACAAUUUCAUAGAGCCAUGAAGUAUGACAAAGAUGAAGUUGAUCUCCUCAUUGUUAUUGGGUCUUCCCUGAAAGUAAGACCAGUAGCACUAAUUCCAAGUUCUAUACCCCAUGAAGUGCCUCAGAUAUUGAUUAAUAGGGAACCUUUGCCUCAUCUGCAUUUUGAUGUGGAGCUUCUUGGAGACUGUGAUGUCAUCAUUAAUGAAUUGUGUCAUAGGUUAGGUGGUGAAUAUGCCAAACUUUGCUGCAACCCUAUAAAGCUUUCAGAAAUUACUGAAAAACCUCCACGAACACAAAAAGAGCUGGCUCAUUUGUCAGAGUUGCCACCCACACCUCUUAAUAUUUCAGAAGGCUCCAGUUCACCAGAAAGAACUUCACCACCAGAUUCUUCAGUGAUUGUCACACUUUUGGACCAUGCAGCGAAGAGUAAUAUUGAUGAUCCAGAUGUGUCUGAAUCAAAAGAUUGUAUGGAAGAAAAAUCACAGGCAAUACAGACUUCUAGGAGCAUUGAAAGUGUUACUGAACAGUUGGAGAGUUCAGAUUUGAAGAACAUUAGCUCCAGUACUGGGGAAAAAAAUGAAAGAACUUCAGUAGCUGAAACAGUGAGAAAGUUUUGGCCAGCCAAGAUUGCAAAGGAGCAGAUUAGUAAACGGCUUGAUGGUAAUCAGUACCUAUUUUUACCACCAAACCGUUACAUUUUCCAUGGCGCCGAAGUCUAUUCAGAUUCUGAAGAUGACGUCUUGCCCUCUAGCUCUUGCGGCAGUAACAGCGAUAGCGGGACCUGCCAGAGCCCGAGUUUAGAAGAGCCCGUGGAGGAUGAAAGUGAGAUUGAAGAAUUCUACAACGGCUUGGAAGAUGACCCCGAUGUCAAUGAGAGAGCUGGAGGGACUGCAUUUGGAGCUGGUGAAGGUGAUCAAGAGGAAGUCAGUGAAACUACAUCUAUGAAACAGGAAGCAGCAGACAUUAAUUACCCAUCCAACAAAUCAUAA